UAAUACAUUUUGUCCAUAUAUUUAUGAUAAGAUAGCACAAAGCUCAACAUAUAACUUCUUAACAAUAACGUAAUCAUUAACAAACAAGAAUGGGGAAAUCCCCUGUUUUGAUGAUUUACUAUUCUUGUUUUUUUCUUCUUCUUGUCUUUCAAACACUCCAUGGUGUUAACGCUGUCAGGUGUUUCGGAAGCUUCUUCAACCGCAACGGCACCUACGCUCAGAAUCGCCAGAAACUCUUCUCUGAUCUUGCUGAUAAAGUCGUAGCUAACAAUGGAUUCUAUAACGCUUCACUCGGUCAAAAUCCCAACAGAGUUUACGCUCUUGCCAUCUGCGCAAGAGGCUACGACCAAGAUGAUUGUCUCAGUUGUGUCCAAGGAUUGGCUCAGGAUACGCAAAAAAAUUGUCCAAGCCGCAUGGAUUCGUUUAUAUGGGGAGGCAAUGAUGACGUUUCUUGUUUUUUACGUUCCUCAAACUACUCAACCUUUGGGGACCUCCUCCUUGGACCUUCUGUUGUAUCGCCAAGUCCAGAUCUUGUCGAGGGAUCUAAAAACAUGACCCUUUUUGUAAAACAGUGGGAAGAAAUGGUUAAUCGGACCCUCGAGGCUGCCACUAAUGCUAAAAACUCCUCGGUACUUAGGUACUACAGUGCCGAAAAAGCCGGGUUCACGGAGUUUCCAGAUGUUUACAUGAUGAUGCAAUGCAUACCCGACAUAACUUCCCAAGAAUGCAAACAAUGUUUGGGAGAUUGCUUGACGUAUUACAGAAAAGAUUAUCAAGAAAGAAAAGGAGGCAUGUCUAGUCUUCCUAGCUGUUUUUUCAGGUGGGAUCUAUAUUCUUUCCACAGUAGAGCUUUUGAUAAUGUAACAAGAAUUCCUGCGCCUCCUCGGCCUCCGGCUCAGGAAAAGGAGAGCUGCAUAACAAAAAAGAAAGGAAGAAGCAUUGGAAAUCGCGGUAGUAUAGCAAUAUUUGCGGCUCUUACAUUCACUAACCUUUUGGUGUUUAUUGGCUUCAUCAAAGUUUUUACAAGGAGGGGAAAAUAUAAAAAUGGCAGUGCAGAGUAUUCUGAUUCUAAUGGUCAAUUCAUGUUACGGUUUGAUCUCCGUAUGAUCUUAUUCGCAACCGAUGACUUCUCUUCUGAAAAUACGAUUGGCCAAGGUGGAUUUGGUACUGUCUAUAAGGGGACCUUCCCAAACGGGCAAGAGGUAGCGGUGAAGAGAUUAACAAAAGGUUCAGGACAAGGAGAUAUGGAGUUUAAGAAUGAGGUUUCACUCUUGACAAGACUCCAACAUAAGAAUCUGGUUAAGCUUCUUGGGUUCUGUAAUGAGGGAGAUGAAGUGAUUCUUGUCUACGAGUUUGUCCCCAACGCAAGUCUUGACCACUUUAUAUUCGAUGAAGAAAAGCGUUCGCUUCUUACAUGGGAGGUAAGGUUCAAAAUUAUAGAAGGAAUUGCUCGAGGUCUUGUUUAUCUUCAUGAAGAUUCUCAGCUGAAGAUUAUUCACCGAGACUUGAAGGCGAGUAACAUACUCUUAGAUGCAGAGAUGAACCCUAAAGUUGCAGAUUUUGGAACAGCAAGGUUGUUCGACACUGACGAGACUCGAGCUGAAACUAAAAGAAUAGCUGGAACCCGUGGAUAUAUGGCUCCUGAGUACCUGAAUCACGGGCAAAUCUCAGCUAAAUCUGACGUUUAUAGCUUCGGUGUCAUGCUUCUAGAGAUGAUAGCGGGUGAAAGAAACAAGAACUUUAAAGGAGAAGGACUUGGAUCCUUUGCAUGGAAGAGGUGGGUUGAAGGAAAGCCUGAGAUUAUCAUUGAUCAUCUCUUGAUAGAACAUCCAAGAAACGAUAUCAUCAAGUUGAUACAAAUUGGUUUGUUGUGUGUUCAAGAGAAUCCAACAAAGAGACCAACCAUGAGCUCAGUGAUCAUUUGGCUUGGCAGUGAUACUAUUACCAUUCCUUUACCUAAUGCACCUGCUUUCACUGGAAGUCUAUCACAAUCUGAAAGUAGUACAAUGUCAAUGAGUAACGAUGUCUUCACGGAGUUGAGUUGUCGUUGAGCUGUAAAUUACCAGUUCAUAAAAACAUUGUUUCCGAAAGCAAACUAUACAUUCUAUCUUCUGGUCUUUAGAUAUAUUUUCCUAAGCUUCAUCUCAAAGUGUAUCUAUUAACUAUGCUAUUACGCCAUUUUCGAUCAUGUGAUUUACUUCAGUUUA